AUGAAGUUCCCAAUUGUCUCUAUUCUUGCUCUUACCGUCCCUGCUUCGGCAUGGGCUCCUGCUGCUGCCCGCCCAACCUUUGCUACCAUGGCUUCUGCCCUGUUCAGCACUUCCACUGAGGUUAUCGGCGAGGAAGCCACCGAGUCCUUCCGUCUUAAGUUCAAGACUGAGGAUGGAGACAUCUCUCCUUGGCAUGACAUCCCCCUCUCUUCUGAGGACGGUUCUUACAAUAUGGUUGUCGAGAUCCCCAAGAUGACCAAGGCUAAGAUGGAAGUCUCCACCAAGGAAGAGAGCAACCCAAUUGCCCAAGACAUUAAGAAGGGAAAGUUGAGGGACUACCACGGACCCAUCUUCUGGAACUACGGGUGUCUUCCACAAACCUGGGAGGACCCCAACGUUGAGCACCCUGAGCUCAAGUGCUUUGGAGACGACGAUCCGAUCGAUGUUGUUGAAAUCGGAUCUGCGGCUCUUGCUAUGGGAUCCGUCAAGCCAGUCAAGCCCCUUGGUGUUUUGGCCAUGAUUGAUGACGGUGAAUUGGACUGGAAGGUCCUUGCCGUUGCCACUGACGAUCCAUUGGCUAAGGAAUACAACGACAUUGAUGAUGUUCCUGAGUCCAUCAAGGCAGGAAUCCGAGAAUGGUUCAGAUGGUACAAGACCCCCGAUGACAAGCCCAUCAACUCCUUUGGAUUUGACGAGAAGUACUUGGAUGUUGCCACCACCAAGGAAGUCAUCGAGGAGACCCACGAAGCCUGGAAGAAGCUUAAGUCUGGCGAGACCGAUGCCGGAAAGCUUUGGAUCGGAAAGUAA